GGCAAGCGGAACACUGGUGUCUUAGGAGGGUGACUACUGGCAUGGGGGCAAGACGGGCAGGCAAUCCAGUGAGCUUGGGCCAUGAGCGUCUUGGACUCGGCACGUCGUCCCUCAGACCCUGAACAAGUCUCUCUUCCGGUCCAGAAGGACGGCCUUGGCCUCCCUUUGCCCACCAGGAGAACCCCCUCCUGGCCUCCGUCCCCGGACGAGGAUCCUGGUUUGCCCCCCUUUCCUCUGGAAGAGCCUGGCCCCAGGCCCAUGGCCCCGGGGAGCCUUCCCUCUCCAGCCUUGUCCCUAGAGAAAGAAGAGGAGGAGGAAGAGGAUGAGGACGGAGAAGACGCAGAGGAGCCCGAGGAGCUGCGCAGCGAGGAGCAUCCCAGCCAGUUUUUCGCGGAGGCACAGCGGCUGCGAGAGCAGAGGUUGUUGCUGGAUGAAGACGUGUCAGUCGGGGGGCGAGUAUACGGGGUGCAUCGGGUGAUCUUGGCCGCAGUCAGCAGCCUCUUCAGAGGCAGGCUGCUGGGCAGCAGAGGUCUGCAACGCCCCCUCAGCCUGGAUGUAACCCCCGGGGCCUGGGAGGCCAUGCUGACCUUUGCCUAUGAGGGGGUGCUGGGACCCGCCCCACGGGGGGAUGUGCUGGUCGCGGCUGAAGCCCUGGGAGCACCCCGGGUGAAGGCUGCGGCCGAGUGGGGACGCGAGGGGGCUGGAAGCACCCGGGAAGGUGAAAAGCAGCCCAGCCAGGCAGAGGAACUGAGAGAGAACCUGCGCACCAUGGAGCUCCUGUACCAAGAAGGCAUCGGGUGUGACCUGGAGCUGGAGGCAGGCGGCUGCCGGCUGCGGGUGCACCGAGCAGCCCUCGCCUGUGGCAGUGAGUUCUUUGGGGCCAUGCUCCUGAGCGGGAUGAGGGAAUCCCAGGGCACAGAGGUGUCUCUGCAUACCAUCUCUGCCCAGGACCUGCGACUCCUUGUCUCCUUUGCCUACUCUGGGGUUGUGCGGGCAAGGUGGCCAGGACUGCUGAGAGCCGCCCAGGCUGCUCUGCGGUACCAGAGCUCUUCCUGCCUGGCUCUGUGCCAGAGAGCCUUGGCACAAGGCCUCAACCCUGCCCGUUGCCUGGCCCUGAUCCCCAUGGCUGAAGCCCCUGGGCUGGAGAGUCUCUGGAGCAAAGCCCGUCACUACCUCCUCACCCACCUGCCUGCUGUGGCUUUGUGCUCCACUUUCCCGUCUUUACCGAUCGCCUGCCUGGCUGAGCUCCUGGACAGCGAUGAGCUACACUUGCUGGAGGAGUUCGAGGCCUUUGCGGCUGCACGGCGUUGGCUAGCUGCCAACCCUGACACCCAGGAGUCAGAGGCCAAGGCCCUGCUUCGAUGCGUCCGCUUUGGCCGUAUGUCCACCAGGGAGCUGCGGAGGGUACGGGCGGCCAGGCUGCCUCCACCCUUGAGCCCGGACUUGCUGCGUCAGCUGAUGGUGGAGGCUGAGGUUCCAGGACAAGAGAGGCGGAGGGAGCCUGACCAGGCACUAGUAGUGAUUGGCGGGGACGGGCUCAGAUCAGACAUGGCCAUGAGACAGCCGUCCCGAGGAGUGUGGUGGGCCCGGGCCUUUCGCUGCGGCGUAGGACUGGUUCGAACCGUGGAGUGGGGACAGCUGCCUGCCCUGCCUGCCCCCGGGCGCUUUCGGCACGGGGCUGCGAGCCUAGCCGGAAGUGAGCUCUACGUGUGUGGCGGACAGGAUUUCUACGGCCACUCUAACACCCUGGCUUCGACUGUCAGGUGGGACCCCAGUCAAGGGGACUGGGAGGAAAUGGCACCUUUGUGCCAGGCUCGGAGCUUUUUCCCCCUGGUGGCGCUGGAUGGACUGCUUUAUGCCCUGGGUGGACGAGACAGUGGUGUGGCCCUCAGCUCUGUGGAGACUUAUAGCCCCAAGCUCAAUAUCUGGAGGCCGGCACCUGCUCUUCCAGCACCACGCUUUGCCCACGCAGCUGCUGUUUUGGAGGGCCAGCUGUACGUGAGCGGCGGCUGCGGCGGGACUGGCCGGUACCUGGCCUCGUUGCUGCACUAUGACCCCAAACUUGAGAAGCCGGGGACACUUCUGAGCCCUAUGGGGGUACCUCGGGCUGGCCACGUCAUGGCUGCUCUGGGUGGGCGGCUGUAUGUAGCGGGGGGGCUAGGUGAGACUGGGGACCUGCUGAGCUUUGAGGCCUAUGAACCAAGGACUGAUAGCUGGACUCACCUGACCCCCCUGCCCUCGCCCCAUGUCGGGGCUGCAGGCGCUGUGCUGCAGGGGGAGCUACUGGUGCUGGGGGGCUACAGCCACCGUACUUACGCCCCCUCCCACCUUAUCCACGCCUUCUGUCCCGGCCUGGGCCGAUGGCUGUGCCUGGGAACUCUGCCGAGGCCUCGGGCUGAGAUGCCUGCCUGCAUCCUGACACAGCCCACCGUGCAGCAAAUAGCUUUGGUUCCCACAGGACACAAAACUAAACCUGGCAGGUGA